AUGUUUAUGAAAAGUAAUGGAAUACGGCAUACACGGGUCCCUCGCUAUCAUCCCGCUUCUAACGGGGAGGCGGAGAGAUAUGUUCAAACUCUCAAGCAGGCGUUACUUACCAGCAAGUUUGAUCAGGGGAAACCGCUACAGCAACGGCUGUCAAGUUUUCUGUUUUCGUACAGGAACACGCCCCAUACGGUUACUGGGCAGACACCUGCUGAGUUGUUCUUGAAGCGUAAGCCUCGCACACGUUUGGCAUUGCUUCAGCCCAAUCUGGCCCAGCAUGUUGAGGAGCGUCAGAUGAAGGAAAAGCAACAGCAUGAUGGUGGCCGAACAAAAACUCGUGAGUUUCUUCCAGGAGACAUUGUUUUAGUUCGUAACUUCAGAGGAAAACACAAGUGGGAUAAAGGAACAGUGAUCUUGAGAAUCGGUCCCCUAGCAUACCAGAUACGUAUUGGAGGACGAAUGUGUCAUGUGCAUGUUGAUCACCUUCUAGCAGCUGGUGAUGCGGAGCACACAUCCCCACCAACUACAGCUACAGCUAUGACUGGGAGUGGCUUUGUUUUGCCCUCUACUCCAGUAGUGUCCUCUAAACCCAUUCUUCCUGAGCCUGAGGUUACCCCUCUACCUGAAGUCUCACCUAAAUCUUCAGAGACUGUUGUUCCUACAUGUACAACUGAGUCACCACCUGACGUGGCAUCUACACCUGUGAGGCGUUACCCAAGGCGUACCCCUAAACCUGUAGUACGUCUGGACUUGUAA